AUGCCUCCCCGCUACUCCCCCACGCCCGUGUCCCGCAUCCGCCGCCGCCUUUCCUCCACCGCCACCACCACCUCCCCCGCACGGCCCUCACGCUCCUGGUCUCCCCACGCCGCCUUUGCCGCGGCCACGGAGCGCGGCCGCGCCGGCACGCUCAGCCCGGAGGACGCGCACCACCUGUUCGACGAUUUGCUACGGCAGGCCGCCCCGGUCUCUGAGCGCUCCCUGGACGGCUUCCUCGCCGCCCUCGCCCGUGCGCCGGACUCCGGAGCCUGCAGAGAUGGGCCUGCCCUCGCCAUCGCCCUCUUCAACCGGGCGCGCCGAGAAGAAGCUGGCCCGCGGGUGGCGCGGCCCACAAUCUUCACGUAUGGCGUCCUCAUGAACUGCUGCUGCCGCGCGCUUCGCCCGGACCUAGGGCUUGCCUUCUUCGGCCUCCUCCUCCGGACAGGCCUCAAGACAAAUGAGAUCGUCGGCAGCACCCUCCUCAAGUGCCUCUGCUAUGCAAAACGGACCGAUGAUGCUGUCAAUCUGCUGCUUCAUCGCAUGUCCGAGAUCGGCUGUGUGCCUAAUGCCUUCUCAUACUCCAUUGUCCUGAAGAGCCUAUGUGAUGACAGGAGGAGUCAACAAGCGCUGGACUCCGGAGCCUGUAGAGAUGGGCCUGCCCUCGCCAUCGCCCUCUUCAACCGGGCGCGCCGAGAACCGCGGGUGGCGCUGCCCACAAUCUUCACGUAUAGCGUCCUCAUGAACUGCUGCUGCCGCGCGCUUCGCCCGGACCUAGGGCUUGCCUUCUUCGGCCUCCUCCUCAGGACGGGCCUCAAGACAGAUGUGAUAGUCGCCAACACCCUCCUCAAGUGCCUCUGCUAUGCAAAACGCACGGACGAGGCUGUGAACGUGCUGCUUCAUAGGAUGUCCGAGCUCGGCUGUGUGCCUAAUGCCUUCUCAUACUCCAUUGUCCUGAAGAGACUAUGUGAUGACAGGAGGAGUCAACAAGCGCUAGACCUGCUUCAGAAAGUGAGGAAAGAAGGAGGUGCCUGCUCCCCUGAUGUGGUCGCAUAUAACACCGUCAUCCAUGGCUUCUUUAAGGAAGGGGAAAUUGGCAAGGCAUGUGAUCUAUUCCAUGAAAUGGCGCAGCAAGGGGUUGUGCCAGAUGUGUUCACAUAUAACUCGAUUAUUGAUGCGUUGUGCAAGGCCAGAGCAAUGGACAAGGCAGAGUUGUUCCUCCGGCAAAUGGUUGACAACGGUGUUCAGCCGGAUGAAGUGACAUAUAAUAGCAUCAUCCAUGGAUAUUGCAGUUUGGGCAAGUGGGAAGAGGCAUGUAAACUGUUCAGAAAAAUGACAAGCCAGGGUCUCGUACCAAAUAUUAUUACUUGGAACUCGUUCGGGGCCUCCCUUUGCAAGCAUGGAAAAACCAAAGAAGCUGCAGCUGUUUUUGAUUCCAUGACUGCCAAGGGCCACAAACCUAACAUCGUCACGUAUGGUGCUCUGCUCCACGGUUAUGCGUCUCAAGGAUGCUUUGCUGAUAUGAUUAAUCUCUUUGAUUCAAUGUCAAGCAAUGGUAUUGUAGUCGACUCUCAUGUUUUCAAUAUCUUAAUUGAUGCAUAUGCUAAACAUGGAAUGAUGGAUGAAGCUAUGCUCAUACUUACGCAAAUGUGGGAACAAGGAGUGAGUCCAGAUGUAAUCACCUAUUCGACUCUAAUAGCUGCACUUUGUAGAAUGGGCAGGCUGGCUGAUGCUAUGGACAAAUUCAGUCAGAUGAUUUACAUCGGGGUAGAACCAAAUGCAGUUGUUUAUCACUCCCUAAUUCAGGGUUGUUGUACACAUGGUAAUUUAGGGAAAGCUAAGGAGUUGGUUUAUGAAAUGAUGGACAGAGGUAUUCCUCGACCCAACAUUGUGUUCUUCAAUUCAAUAAUUAACAGUCUAUGCAAAGAAGGAAGGGUUUUGGAUGCGCACGAUAUCUUCAACUUGGUUGUGGAGAUAGGUGAGACACCUAAUGUUAUUACAUUUAAUUCGCUGAUUGACGGAUAUUGCUUAGUCGGCAAGAUGGAGAAAGCAUCUCGAGUGCUUGAUGCCAUGGUAUCAGUUGGCAUUGAGCCUAAUGUUGUUACGUAUAAUACACUUAUUGAUGGCUAUCUUAAAAAUGGAAGUAUCGAUGAUGGGUUGAGUCUGUUUAGAGAAAUGCCGCAUAAGAAAGUUAAACCUACAACCGUUACAUAUAACAUCAUACUGGAUGGGUUAUUUCGUUCCGGGGAAACUGUUGCUGCAAAGAAAAAGUUCAAUGAGAUGACCGAAAGUGGAACAACAGUGAGCAUUUGCACAUACAGUAUAGUUCUUGGGGGACUUUGUAGAAAUAAUUGCACGGACGAGGCAAUUGUCAUGUUCCAGAAAUUAGGUUCAAUGAAUGUGAAGUUUGAUAUUGCAAUACUCAAUAUUAUGAUUAAUGCAAUGUACAAGGUUCGGAAAAGAAAAGAAGCUAAAGAUUUGUUUGCUGUGAUAUCAGCGAGUGGGUUGGUACCUAAUGCUUCUACUUAUGGGAUAAUGAUACAGAAUCUUCUGAAAGAAGGAUCAGUGGAAGAAGCUGACAGUAUGUUCUCAUCAAUGGAGAAGAGUGGUUGUGCUCCCAGCUCUCGUAUGUUAAAUAUUAUCAUCCGAAUGUUAUUGGAGAAAGGGGAGAUAGUCAAGGCCGGAAAUUACAUGUCUAAAGUUGAUGGAAAGAGCAUCUCACUUGAAGCUUCAACUACUUCGUUGCUGUUGUCUCUCUUUUCAGGGAAAGGAAAAUAUAGAGAACACAUAAAUUUGCUCCCAGCAAAGUACCAAUUUUUCGAUGGAUUCAGUUUUGUUGCAUAGGACUCGGCUGAUAAGCCUUGGUGUGGUUCAGAGCCCCCUCUCAACUAUUUGGACGUGUAUUUCUUCCGUUCAUUCACCAGGAUGGAGCUAAGUGAUGGUUCACGGUGUUGUUCUGAUCCGUUGUGUACCUGUUGGGCGUGCAUCAAAUGGACAUUGAUCCAUCUGACAUCCAUUUGCACACGCAAGGACCGUCUGGUGGAUUAUAUGUCUGCCAAGGGGAAGAAGGUUAUAGAUUUCAGUGAGAAUACCAUGAUAGAUCAGUAUAUGAGUACCACUUCUGUAUGCAUAAUGUUCAAGUUUUUGUUCUGGACAUCUUCCUUUGCAACUUCAUGUAUGAAUCUAUUAACUCCCUCUUGAUGAGAUCGUGAUAUGUUUUACUAAAACAAA